AUGACCAACAACAUUAGCGACAACACUACCAACAACAACGUCGACGAAACCAACAACAUGAACCGAACUCGCAGGGGCUCUGUCGGCAAUGCCGUCUUUAGAAACCUCUUCCAGCGAAGCUCUUCGACUUCGACUGGUUCAGCCAGCGUCUUGCCUCCGGCGGCACUGAACAUUAACGAUGCUGCUCAGCGGCGUCGCCUGUCCGUCUCCACCCUCGGCAUCCAUGGCACGUCGCCCACUUCCAGCAAUGCACCCUACCACUUCCGUAGGGCGAGCACGUCCACCAACUCUAACCACUCCGAGGCCAUUGAUGAGUGCGCAGUCGAGGAGGACGACAUGAUCUACUCCUCCAGUGCAAAGACUGCCCCCACCAGUCCAUUUCGACGUAUGAGUAUGGGAGGGCCCCCAGGACGUGGUUUCCGCAACGGAAGCAUUGGUACAGACCAAAACACUUUUAGCUGGGCUGAGCAACUCCGGACCCGAGCCGAAAGCUCGGUUUCUGGCCAACGGCCUUCCUUCUCUUUUGCGAGCAGCUUUAGCACCUCUCCCCCUCGUGCCAACUUCGUUCCCUCUCCUGUGGAGCGUGCCCGGCCCGCGGUCGAGAUGCAGGCGCCUCCUGCGCAGGCAGCGGCCGUCAAGCCCAAGCAGCCUGAGAGGCGAAAGCCAGAUCCCUUCCAGGAGCGUAUCUUGAAGGGCGACUUCUACAUGGACUAA